AUGACAAUCCUUAAGCGCACCGCAAGUACAGCGGCCUCGUGGUGCACGCCAUUCACACUCCCAUUUUACGAUGUUCUGAUCCUGCGUAUCUCUGUCCCUUUCAUCUGGCGCUGCUCUGCACAGAAUAAUCUUCGUCCAUUAUUCUCUAGCAACUUCUCAAAGAGACAUGUCGACAUUGGCGUUGGAACUGGUUACUUCCCAAGAAGAGCAAUCGGGGAUCUUGACCGCGAUCCAAAAGACCAACAUCUGACAUUGGUCGACUUGAGUCAGCAUUCUCUUGCAACAGCGAGACAGCGUGUUCUGUCCAAGUAUCCAGAAGUGCAAGUUGACUGUGUUCAUGCGGAUGCUGCACAACCACUUCCUCAAUCUCUUGCGUCCCAGAAGUUCACAUCCGCUUCUCUGUUUCUCGUCAUGCAUCACAUGCCGCAGCCAACAGCCAGCAAAGCAAAUGCCAUCACAAAUGCCAAGAGUCUCCUGACCAAAGAUGGCGUUUUGGUUGGGUGCACGGUGUUGGGGAAGCAAUGGGAGAAGACUGAUGAUGGGUAUAGGGUGAAGAGUGAGAAGCCGCUUGGAAGAGCAGCGGCUUUCAUGCUUGGGUUCUACAACAAGAGAGGUAUCUUUGACAAUUGGCAGGAUGAUCCGAAUGUUCUGGAGGAGGCUUUGAAGGCGGGGUUUGAGGAGGUUGAGACCAGUGUCGUGGCUAUGAUGUUUGUGUUUAGGGCCUCGAAGCCGCGUAACGGGUCCGAGGUGCUGGAAGAGACCAGUUAG